AUGCCAGAUACUGCGGGAUCCUCACGGUUUUUGAACGAGCAAGGCCGUAAGUUUAGAGAAUGGGUUUCUAACAGAGAAAAACAGCGAACUUUCACCGUAAGAGAGCUGCAGCUUCUACUUGUGGACUAUUCUGAAGCAAUGGACUUCGAAAAGCAUGCUAACCAUAUGACGAUCGCCCGGGAUAUCAUCUACAAGACCAUCAAGUAUCCGAAAAUUUCUCGAAAGUUCGCCCUGGAUAGCCUUUUGCCUCUGAUGACGAUUGCCACACAGAACGAUUACAAGGAAGCACUCAACUUCAACUGGGAAUGCCACCGCCGGGAGAUGCUGAAGCCGAUCGAUGGCUCUGAAGACAAUUAUGGCCGUCGACGAUUCUACACGAAACGAGAAAGACAAGACGAAUGGUGA